AUGGAACUGGUCAUAAAUCCACCACAGCCAGUUUUCGACCAACUGAUCAAUUUGGCCGGAGCCACUCAUGGGUGGGCUCAUCAACCAUAUGACUAUAAGUUCUAUGAGGAUGCAUUUGAUGGGUAUUGGCUCAUUUGUAUGGUGGAUACUACUAAAGAUCCAAAAGAUAAUUUUGUUGCCGGCGGAUGUUUGGCUCGUUGGGAUGCUCCAAACGAAGAGCCUCUCUAUUCCAUUGGUUUGUAUUACUGUAGAGAGGAGUUUCGAGGCAAGGGAUACGGUAAACCAGUGUUCAAAGCAAUGAUGGACAUUGUGGGCGGAGCCAAUUGUGUUUUGACGGCAGCCGUCGACAUGUCGGAAAAGUAUGCAGAUAUUUUUGGAUUCAAGGAAAUGCCAGAAUAUUGGCAUUUGGAGGCUGAAAUUCAACCAGGGAAGAUGCGAAUUCCCGAACUUUCGGAUUCCUAUACAACUGAGAACUGCAAAAAUGUCGAUCCGGACCAAUUAACCAAUUAUGACCUCACAAUUUGCUCCAGAAAUCGAAAAAAGAAAAUGGAACUAUGGUUUCAACAAAAUGAAGUUUUCACAAAGGUGGCAUUUGACUCCGCCCACAAAAUAGUGGGUUACUGUACCAUUCGUGUUGUCAACCUAAAUCGUCUCUGUGCUGCACCAUUUUACGCUGAAAAUCCAGAAGUUGCAGCACGUCUUCUGGCAGAUGUCUCCAGAAUAAUUCCAAAUUUUGAGAAAUACGAAAAACUAAUUUUCUGGUAUCCAUCUGUUAAUAAGAAUAUGGAAAGCAUGCUCUCCAAAUUCUUCCCAAAAGACGCCUAUCAUAUCAAAAUCGAUUUCCGGACUCAAUUCACCAAGAAAAUGAUCAAAUCCAGGGAUGAUGUCGUCUAUUCGGUGGCUUGUAGUACUCAUCAAUUUGUUUGA